CGCCGUCAUGGAUGUGUUCUUCUGGCGGCUUUUUCUGGGAUCCGCGACUCUCCUCGCUGGGUUCACAAGCUGGUCGCUAGUCUGCCUGAUUCUCAAUGUCCGAGAGGCGCGGUCAACAGGCCUUCCGUAUGUGAUUUUACCCUGCUCCUUGCUGGGGGCCCCAUGGCUGCUGAGCCAACCAGUCGUGCUACCACUGCUGAAGGCUCUUCCCCAGACUUGGACUUCUAAGUGGCUCCCGCUGUUGAUCUUCAAUGAUGGGUGGCAUCUUGGAUACACACCCUUCGAACAGGUCGGAGCCGAUACUUUCUUGGCAGUCUCGCCGGGGGGCUUCGUGCUCUAUACCUGCGACCGUCACGUCUCCACACAGCUGUUCCAAGAUGGUAGAUUUGGAAAACCGGCCCAUCUUAUGCAGGUGCUGAACAUAUACGGACCGACGAUAACCGGUACUGAUGGGCCAGAAUCGCGAUUAUACCGACGGAUCACUGCGCCUUUCUUUCGAGAGGAUACCCUACGCCAGGUGUUUACGCACGCUAUUGAAGGAGCACAAGUACUUGGGCUUGCCUUGAAUAAACCAGCAGCGUAUCGCCAAUUACGCACGCUGGCUGCCCGACUAUCAUUGAAUAUACUUACCCGCAUCUGUUUUCAAUCUCAGACCCAAGAAGACCUGAUCGAAGCACUGUCGUUCGCCGAUCUCCCCGCAAAAGGAUAUCGCAUGACUUACAGCGAGGCUAUGCACACGCUGUUGGAUCAUUAUCAAACCGUCUUCCUCUUUCCUAGACAUUUUCUCACAUGGUCUCCCUUGAAGUCCCAUCGUCAAGCAAUCCGAGCUUAUGACGACCUGGGCCAAUAUAUGCAUGGGUUAAGGACGACGACAGAGUCACGGCUACAGGACAAAGAAUAUCUUUUAAACCAGAAGGGCACAGCGUCAUUGGGCGACCUGAUUGUCCAGGCUGGUAUCAGCACCGAAUCCUCCACCAGCCCUAUCCUGCAGCCCCACCAAGUGAUGGGCAAUGUGUUUCUCUUCAUGUUCGCCGGCCAUGAAGCCAACGCCAACACUCUGACCUUCGUAAUCCUUCUUCUUGCCUGUCAUCCUACCAUCCAAACUGCAGUGCAGUCAGACCUCGACAAGAUCAUAGAGAAUACCCCGCCGAGUCACUGGACCUACGACACUCAUUAUGAACCGCUCAUGCGCAGCUUAGUUGGAGCAGUCAUCAAGGAGGCUCUUCGACUCUUCACUGUCCUCCCAGUCCUUCCAAAAUAUGUGCCACCCUCCGGACCGGCCAUUCCUAUUGUUGUCUCCGGCCAAUCUCACCCAUUGCCACCGGGAACCGUAGCUUUCGUGAAUACCAGCGCCACCCACCGCCAUCCUCACUAUUGGCCCACCGUGAACGACAAAUCCGAGAAAUCGUUCAACCAAGAAGAUCCUACCCUUCGGCCUUAUCCUACAACAGACUUCAACCCAUACCGCUGGCUUGAAACACAACCGUCGGGGUCAGCACCCGACAAAGAAGAUCGUUCGCGUAGCUCGACAGGUUUUACCCCGGCCCCCGGCACUUUCGUCCCCUUCUCUGAAGGCUCCCGCAAAUGUCUCGGUCACAAAUUCGCCCUUGUUGAACUCUGCGCCGUAGUCGCCUUGCUUUUCCACCAAAGCUCAGUGUCCCUUCUCACCGAUCCAGAAGACCCAAGUGACACCUGGGCAGCGGCCCGUAUCCGGGCUGACCGCGCGCUUUCGGAAGGAGUCAAGUUCAACAUGAGUCUGCGAAUCACCCAGGACGUGCCAAUCCGGUUUGCAACAAGAAAGACCAAAGCAACUUAA